UUUAAUUCCGCCAGUACACGUUUUCCAAAUACCGCUUAAUUAACGUCAUGUACUUAAUAAAAAAUUCGCUCAUCCCAAUUCAAAGAUAAUAGUCAAUAUCGACAUUUUAUCAUUUUCAGUAAGCCAGCAAAUUGUGUGUGCUUAGUGCCUAUCAUCCAAUUGUUCUUCAAACGUAAUCUCGCUAUCUCAAAAAGUUAUAAAUUUCGAGUACCUAUACACGUAACAAAUCCAGAGUGUAGCAAAAUAAAAUGUUAACUCUAUAAAAUUUAUUCAUUACUCAUACGUGUGGUGCUGAACGGUCGUGUUGAUAAAGGCAUCCUGUUUAACACUGCGAAUAUAUAUUUAAGCUGAUGUGACAGAAAACUUAAUAAAAAAAAAAUGAAUGUGGUGUGGGUGUUACUGCUUGUGGUGCCGAGUAUUUACGGAAAAUUGACAAAAAUCGAGAAGCAAAACGGUCACAACCAUGAAACAAACGAAAUUCAAAAUAAUUUGUCCGAAAAUGAUAUUUUUGUGAAACAAGAACUAACUUCGUGGCCUGGAAACGGAGAAAUAGCUUCAACAACUGAAGCACCCUCAUCCAACGAAGUUUCUUCAACCCAAACUGAAAUGUCUUCAGCUACUUCACCAAUAUUAUUUACAGAAACGGCUUGUGCUAACAUUCCUAUGGUUAACAUUUUAAACGUUAACUCAACUACUUCUGAAAUAACAUUUCAAUGGGAACCCCCGGAAAGAACAGAUUGUUUCGACAAAUAUAUUAUUUACCUCGAUAACGAAGUUCACAACGAAACCACUGAAACCGAGUAUACAUUCAGAAAUUUAAAACCUUGUACUGAAUAUACUGUCGGUAUUGCAACUUUUAUAAACAACACUUCGGGAAAUAAAACAGAACAAACAGUGACAACAAAAACAGAGAUUCCUAAGGUGAAUUUUACAAUAAAUGCAACAAGUUUUGAAGUAUUUUUGGAAUGGGAACCCCCGGAAAAUACCCAAUGUGUUGACAAAUACGUAAUUUACCUCGACAAUAAUUUUUACGAAACCACCGAAAAUAACUACACUUUCGAACAUUUAACAGCUUGCAAUGAAUACAAAGUCGCAGUUGCGGCCUCUCAUGAUGAUACACUGGGACAACUUACAAACGACAGUUUUAACACAAUUGCCCCUAAUCCGUUUGGUUACGAAGUUGGGGACUUGAAAGUUGAACAAGUCUCUGAAAAUGUUUUAAAUCUAACAUGGCAAGCACCUGAAGACAAAGUCGUUCAAUGUGUAACCGCCUAUUAUAUAGUAUGGUGGCCCCAAGGCAGCACGGCUAAAACACAAGAGAAGAAAACCAACGAAACGUAUUUAGAGUUAUCUCCGGUUGUGGGAUGUAUGAAAUAUGAAAUAAAUGUAAAACCCUUAAUUGGAGAAAAUCAACAAGGGAAUGUCAAAGCGGCCGAAUUCCAGGCUCAAGCCUACCCAAAUAAUCCUCCGACUAUUGUCAUCGGUUCAUUAUCCAGCAGUAAAACACAAAUACACAUUACGUGGGAAACUGACAACAAAUCGACAAAUAUGUGUAAUGUGACUGCACUAGUGGUAACUUGCAUUGCACCGGAAGACUCAAACGAAAACAGUUCUUGGAUAAUCCGGGAUGCGCAAAGUGUGAAAGAAGUCACCGAACAAAGGCCUAAUAACCGAUAUUCAAUGACAAUCGAUGAUUUGUCACCUUUUACGAAUUAUUCCUGUUCGGGAGUUGUCACAAACACAGGUGGAAAUUCCUCUGAAACCCCAUUUGAAGCUACUACAGAUGAAGACGUUCCCUCGGCUCCCCAGUCACUCACAAUACAAGAUGUAAAGUCUCGACAAUUUACAGUCGAAUGGAGGCAACCGGAAAAAAUCCCCGGAAUCAUGACUUUGUAUGGAUUAAAAAUUAUUAAUCUGGGACCUCUUUAUACGAUUGUUAAUAAAGAAUGUGCAUUUAAUAUCACUGAUUAUUUCUUUGACCUCGGCGUGGGAAACACUAGUCUUGUUUUUGAAGAAGCGUUGCCUUAUUUUAAAUAUAAUAUUUCGGUCUAUGGGGUUGAUGGAGCCGGAAAUGGGACGGAAACAAGUGCAAACGCCGCUACAAUUGCCACAGAGCCGGAUCAAGUUGAAAACGCGGAGACUUUAGCUCCGGAAUAUUCUCAAAAUGAAACUUAUUCCGGCUCUGUGAUUGUCAAAUUCGAACCUCCAUGCAACACAAAUGGACCUUUCAAACAUUACGAAAUAAACUACAUUGGAAAAAGAAAUGGUUUCAACCCUGAAGAAAAGACAAUUGAAACUAAUGAAACAAACGUAACAAUUCCACUAAAACCUGAACGCGAAUAUUCAGUUGUAAUUAAAGUUGUGACUGAAAAUUUUACUUCAGGACCGGUUUCAGUUCCGGCGUUUCAUUCGCAAGCUGGUGUACCAGUGAUUAAUGAAAAUGUGGAUUUGAAAGCACCGAGUCCUGAACAAGAAAAGGCAUAUUUCGCGUUUAAAAAAGAAAAUUUUAAUAACAUAAACGGCGAGAUUUUUGCAUACACUUUGAUACUUUUGACGGAAGCACAAGAAGGGGGUUACGGAUUUUGGGAUGGGACAAACGAUACGUGGCCUGAAGUACCAAAAAAUGGCAUUCAGUUAACCCCAAACUUCUGGAACCCUUUCAGCGACGGUGUAAACUCAACAAAUUUUACAAUCGGCGACGGAAGUUGUGAAGAUUAUUAUUGUAACAAAAUCCUAAAUGACGAUACAAAAUACUGGUUGAUUCUGAGAGGCCUAACAAGAGCGGGUUAUAAGGACAGUUCAUUAUUACCUUUUAAAACAGAUGUGAUGGAAGAAUUGGAUUUGGCCCUCAUUCUUGGCUUAACAUUCGGUAUUUUGCUUUUACUAAUCUUAAUAAUUUUCUUGGUAAUUCUGUGGAGACGAAAUCGGAGAAGUUCGAUACCAAAAGAAGAACAACGAAUUUCGACAACAACCCCUGAACCCCUCUCCUGUCAAAAAUACGUGGCUUUUUACACACAUCUCAAAGAAAAUCCCCACAUCCUCAAGCAACAAUUCACCGAAUUGGGUUUACAAAGUAAAGAAGUGGCGGCACAAAUUUCUUACGCUGUUCUCGCCGAAAACAGGCGUAAAAAUAGAUACACAAAUAUUCUGCCUUUCGACGAAACACGUGUUAAAUUAAAUAUAGACGAAGAUGAUGAAAUUAGUUCGGAUUACAUCAACGCGUCGUACAUAAAGGGCUAUUCUGGUAAAUUGGAAUACAUUGCCACUCAAGGGCCCCUUGAAUCAACAACCCGCGACUUUUGGAAAAUGGUUCUACAGGAAAACGUUUCAAUAAUCGUGAUGGUCUCACAAUUCGUCGAACAAAGUAAAGAAAAAUGUUACCAUUAUUUUCCCAGUAAUCAUGAAAGUGUCACAUUCGGGGAAUCACUAGAAGUCAGAUGUUGUACAGAAUUGCAUUUCGGUACUUACUGUAUACGAACUUUACAAGUUCGAAGAGGCACAGAGCAGCGACAUGUGAUACAUAUGCAAUUUUUGGAAUGGCCAGAUUUUGGCGUUCCGUUAGGGACAGAUAAUAUGCUAGAAUUUUGUAGACAAUUGAGGGAAAAAGCAAGAAGUGAAGGAGGUGUAAUUGUUGUGCACUGCAGCGCUGGCGUUGGUAGGACAGGGACGUUGAUAGCUUUAGACAUACUUCUUCAGACCAUUGAUGAUCACAGAGACAUUAAUAUCUAUAAGACUGUUCUUGACCUAAGAAAACAAAGAGCAAAUAUGGUACAAACAGAAAAACAAUACGUGUUUAUCCAUACUUGUGUUAAUGAUUAUUUGGAAACACCCAUGACUCAAUCAACCGAUUCGUCAAAAGAACGGAUAUAUGAAAACAUGGACAUAAUAAAAUAUUCAUUAAAGAAAAAUCUAAUUGAGACUGAGGUCGAAAGUGCCUUAUAACUAAAUUUAGUUCAAUUGUAUUGUACUUAAUUGUUUUAUUGGAAAGCUGUGAUCUAUAAAUAAAUAAGUUUUGUAUA